AUGUUGCGACAGAGCAUAGCAUGCCUUCGCCGGCAACCGGGGCUGUCGUGCGCGCGGCCGCCGUCGCACGCGACCACCGGACCCGUCGUCGCAAACUCAGGACCCAUCGAGUGGGCUGCCCGACGACCCCGACUGCUCUCGACGUCCUCGCCGCUCCUCCCGCACCGUCGCUCCCUACAAACCUUGGCGCCCUUCCAGCCCCUCAACGGUCCCCCGACGCCAGCUUCCCUCGGCGCACCACGAGCGGCGCGCUCCUUCACCCGUUCGCGAAGAUGGCUCCGGCGGCUGCUCAUCCUCACUGCCGUGGGCGGGACGGUGUAUGUGAUCGACAGCCAGGUCUAUGCGUCCGGGCUGGGCCGCAGCCUCCGGACCUUCGGCACCGGCAUGCUCGUCGCGCUGGACUACAAGGUGAACUUCCGCGCCGAGCCGCUGCCGCUGAUCGGCAGCGACGGCGGCAUCCCCGAGCUGCACAAGCGCUCUGCCGAGCGCAUGUUCGACCUGCUGCGCCACAAUGGCGGGCUCUACCUCAAGAUCGGUCAGGCCAUUGCUAUGCAGAGCGCCAUAAUGCCGCCCGAAUUCCAGAAGAUGUUCUCGCGCAUGUUCGACGACGCGCCGCAGAACAGCUGGGACGAGGUCGAGAAGGUCAUACGGCAGGACUUUGGCGGCCGGAGUGUCAAGGAGGUGUUUGGGGUCAGCUUCGCCGGGGAGGAGGGCAAGGGCGUCAUCGAGAGGACGGCCAGGGCGUCUGCUAGUGUUGCACAGGUGCAUUGGGCGAGGCUUCCGGACGGCCGGGAAGUCGCGCUCAAGAUUCAGAAGCCUGAGAUUAAGAAGCAGAUUGGCUGGGACUUGUGGGCGUUCAAAGUAGUCACAUGGGUCUACAGCAAGUGGUUCGACCUGCCUUUGUACAGCCUGGUCCCUUUCAUCACAGAGCGGCUGGAGCUCGAGACCGACUUCGUCAACGAGGCCAAGAACUCCGAGACGAUGCGCAAGCUCAUCAACGACGAGCCGUCCCUCAGAGGCCGCGUCUACGUCCCCAUCGUCUACUCCGAGCUCUCCUCCAAGCGCGUUUUAACCACCGAAUGGAUCGAGGGCAUCCGCCUGUGGGACAAGGCCACCAUGACGGGGCCCUGGCUCGGCGGCUACGGGAAAGGGUCCCCCGGCGUGCACGGCAAGCAGCUUGACGCGCCCGACAUGGCGCGGAUCCGGCACGAGCUGCGGCAGAGCCCCGGCACCGGCGGCGCGCAGCUCAAGCCGGAGCGGAACGAGUGGAAGGGUCCCCGCGGCCGGGGCGGGCUGGGGCUCUCGGCCAAGGAGGUGAUGACCACGAUGGUCGACCUCUUCAGCGCACAGAUAUUCAAGUGGGGCGUCGUGCACUGCGACCCUCACCCUGGCAACAUCUUCAUCCGGCGGCUGCCCAACGGGCGCGCGGAGCUGGUGCUCAUCGACCAUGGACUGUAUGUGUAUAUGAGCCCCAAGUUCAGGCGCGAGUAUGGUACGUUCUGGAAGUCGCUCAUGACCUUCGACAACGACAAGAUCAAGGAGGUGACGGAGGAGUGGGGCAUCAAGGCGGCGGACAUCUUCGCGUCGGCAACGCUGAUGCGUCCGUACGAGGGUGGUGACCAGGAAUUCAAGCGGGGCCUCAUGAUGGAGGGCAUGACCCCGAGCGAGAGGAGCUACGCGAUGCAGCGGCGGAUGAAGCAGGGCAUCCGGGACAUCCUGGCCGACGAGGACAAGUGGCCCAAGGAACUCAUCUUUAUUGGGCGAAACAUGAGGAUCGUGCAGGGAAACAACCAAUAUAUGGGCUCUCCUGUCAACAGGGUUAAGAUGAUGGGGGAGUGGGCGUCUAGAAGCCUGUUUAUGGACCCCAACUUGACCUGGCCGGAGCGGCUUAGGUACCGGUGGCGGCACUUGCUCUUUAAGGCGGUGCUGUGGGGUUCGGAUGUCCUGUUCUACUUCUUCAAGAUACGGCAGUGGCUCGGCAUCGGAGGCGGUAUGGAAGACGAGGUCGAGGCGAGGAUGGCGGAUAUGGCAAAAGAUAUCGGAGUAGAAUUGCAGCACGGUGUCUUCGAGGGCUAG